GGAGGUUUUGCUUUGCCCUUCCUUGGUUGGUGGCAAUAAUCAGCUUCAACGUGACAGCAACAUGAUCUCGAGCGAAUCGAGCGACUCGGAAGUGGAGACAGUGGCCCGCGCCGUCGCGGCCUCUAGGAAACCAAAGCGUGUUCGUGAAGAGAACGUAUCCGCCGCCGCCGCCGCCCCCGACGACGACCAUGCCGAAAAGAGUCAUGUGUCGGACAAGAGCCGCGACGAGAUCCUCUUGGAACGGCAGGCGCGACGAAAACAAAAACGCACAGACAAGCAGGAAGCCAAGGCCGAGUUGAGGAAAGCGGACGAAGCUCGAGCCCAUCAAGAACGUCUUGCGAAGGGUCGGUUCUACACCGUGUCCAUUGCCAUCCCGGGGUCGAUCAUCGACAACGCGCAAACCAAGGAGCUCAAGACGUACCUUGCCGGGCAGAUCGCGCGUGCAUGUGCCAUCUUCCAAGUGGACGAAGUGGUGGUCUUUGACGAUCAACUGGGCAAGAACGCCAACAACCAGGACGCGACCAAGAAGUACAACAACCCGAACGACUGCAACGUGUUCCUUGGUCGCAUCUUGCAGUACUUGGAGACGCCGCAGUACCUCCGCAAGGCGCUGUUUCCCGUGCACAACGAUCUCAAGUACGCAGGUCUGUUAAACCCACUGGACUGUCCGCAUCACAUGCGCGGGGACGUGUGGAGCGACUACCGCGAAGGCGUAGUUGUCGACCAGCCGCUCAAGGAGAAGCAGGGAUCGCAUGUCAACGUGGGGCUGCAAAAGUUUGCCGUGAUCGACAAACAUCUUCAGCCAGGCGUCCGCGUGACGGUCCAGCUGGACGAAUCGUCAAAAGACAAGAAAAAGUUGGCGGGUAUCGUCGUGUCGCCGGCCGAGCCCCGCGAACAAAAAGGCCUUUAUUGGGGGUAUACGAUGCGUUUUGCCACGUCGAUCAGCAAGGUGUGGCAAGAGUGCCCGUACAAGGUACAUACAUACACCUACGGACUACUCAUUAAGGUCCCAAGUCUAUUGUACAUAUAUAUAUAUCUGUGUGUGGUUAGAACGGCUACGACCUCAAAGUCGGCACAUCUGAGCGCGGGACCGUCUCGGUGGACGACAGCACGUUCCAGCUCCCGUCGUUCCAGCACGUCCUGAUUGUGUUUGGGGGGGUAUCAGGUAUUGAAGAAUGCACGAACGCAGACGAAACGAUAGGCGUGAGUGGGGACCAGGCGCACACUCUGUUUGACAUGUGGGUCAACACGUGUCCGCAGCAAGGCAGCCGCACGAUCCGGUCGGAAGAAGCGAUCCUCAUCUCCAUGUCGGCGUUGCGGCCGCACUUGGUGCGCAACCAAGUGCCGUAGUACUGUAGUCUGUAACUACGCGACCACUACUAUCGACGUUGCUACCAAAGUUGCUAAAACACAAACGUACGUAGCUCCAUAUAGAUUGCAUACAGCUGCAAUUGUAGUGUUUGGGUGCUGAGUCGAGUAUGACCACCAAAUCGACAGACAAUCGAUACACGAUCAAUCAAAACCCACAACACGAAUC